UCUAAUUGCAUUGACUCAUUAUAAAUGUAUAAGAUAGCGCCACACAAACCAAACCAUUCCAUUGAACCAACCAAACCCAAACUCUCUCUCCUUGUUCCUCUGUCUACUCUCUGUUUGAUUUCUCUCUCAAACAAAGCAAACAAUCACCAACAACAACAGCCCUCCUCUAAGAAAACCAGAACCAAAAACAUGGCUUCAAUUUCAAAGCGCUUCUUCUCCUUCCUAUUUGUGAUCAUUUUCUCUUUACUGGGCUUUGUGGGUUUUUCGCAAGGCCGAAAGCUCAGUGGAUUAUCAGAUCAAGAGGGUACUGGUGGUGGCAGUGGUGCUUCAAUGCAAUGCGUGCAGAAACUGAUUCCUUGUCAACCAUUUUUGAAGGCACCCGAGAAGGCCCCUGCAGCAUGCUGCUCGCCACUCAAGCAGAUGGUUUCCGACGAUACCAAGUGCCUCUGCAGCCUCUUCAACAACCCUGGCAUGUUGAGCAACCUUAACAUAACCCAGGAUGAUGCCUUGAAGCUUCCCAAGGCUUGUGGUGCCAAUGCUGACAUUUCAAUAUGCGAAAAGGAUGCAUCAUCAAGCACUCCAACAGCAGCUACACCGGCUUCCAACAAUAGUUCUUCCUCAAGCAGUUCCAAGAGUGCAGCUUAUGCACCCUCUCACUUUGGCGGAUCGGGUUUUGCUGCCUUCUUCAUGGCUUUAAUCAUUACAUUUACAGCAAUUUAGGAAUGCCAUUUUGGUCAUUCAGUCAAGAGCUAUAUCAUCUGUUGUACUCAAAAUCUGGGAAUUGAUUUAAAUCACCAACAACAGAGUUUGUGCCUUGUUAUCUGUUUGAUGAUUCUUGUAAUCUAAUGCCAACGUUAUUCCUUUUGACUGACUACACAAAAAGUUUCUUA